AAUGUGAUUCUCAGGGGCGUAUCGUUCACUGUGAUUGCCGGCCAGACUGUUGCUCUGGUAGGUUCAACACUUCAGAUAGCCAUUCCUUACUUACAUAAACUAACAUGUGCAUAAAAACACAUGACCUCCACUUUUCAGAUACCCCACAUUUUAACAUCCACAUGUCCUACGUGUGUCUGCAGGUGGGUCAGUCUGGUUCAGGUAAAAGCACUAUCCUCCGUCUACUGUUUCGCUUUUACGACAUCCAGGGAGGCUGCAUCCGUAUUGACGGACAGGACAUAUCCAAGGUGAGCAAACUCAAUAGGGUCUAUCUACGGUACCUACUCAUUCCAGGGUUUUUCUUUAUUUGUACUAUUUUCUACAUUGUAGAAUAAUAGUGAAGACAUCAAAACUAUGAAAUAACACACAUGGAAUCAUGUAGUAACCAAAAAAGUGUUAAACAAAUCAAAAUAGAUUUUAUAUUUUAGAUUCUUCAAAGUAGCCACCCUUUGCCUUGAUGACAGCUUUGCACACUAUUGGCAUUCUCUCAACCAGCUUCAUGAGGUAGUCACCUGGAAUGCAUUUCAAUUAACAGGUGUGCCUUGUUAAAAGUUAAUUUGUGGAAUUUCUUUCCUUCUUAAUGUGUUUGAGCCAAUUAGUUGUGUUUUGACAAGGUAGGGGUGGUAUACAGAAGAUAGCCCUAUUUGGUAAAAGACCAAGUCCAUAUUAUGGCAAGAACAGCUCAAAUAAGCAAAGAGAAAUGACAGUCCAUCAUUACUUUAAGACAUGAAGGUCAGUCAAUCCGGAAAACUUCAAGAACUUUGACUCUAAUGUAUUGAAUAGUAAUUUAACUAUAAUAGUUGUACUGGUGUAAUGGCUCAUAGAAGAAGAAGAGACGAGUGAUUACACACAGACUGCUGGGCUGGAGCGAUGUUUCAGUGUCUCCUAACUAUAUGUUUCAGUGUCUCCUAACUAUAUGUUUCAGUGUCUCCUAACAAUAUGUUUCAGUGUCUCCUAACAAUAUGUUUCAGUGUCUCCUAACUAUAUGUUUCAGUGUCUCCUAACAAUAUGUUUCAGUGUCUCCUAACAAUAUGUUUCAGUGUCUCCUAAUAAUAUGUUUCAGUGUCUCCUAACAAUAUGUUUCAGUGUCUCCUAACUAUAUGUUUGUCACACCCUGGUUCUGGGACUCAUUAUGUUGAGCCAGGGUGUGUGCAGUCUAUGUGGUUUGGUUCUAUGUUGGGUGUCAAAGUGUUGUAAUUAUGUUGAUUAGUCAUAUGACUCCCAAUCGGAGGUAACGAGUGUCAGCUGUCGGCUCGUUAUCUCUGAUUGGGAGCCAUAUUUAUUCUGUAUGUGUUCUUGUGGGCAUUGUGGGUUAUUGUUCCGUGUUUCAGUCGUUGUACUGUGGACUUCACGAGUCGUCUUUUGUUUUGUAUUUUACGUGCUUUACUCUUAUUAAAGUCAUGUUCGUUCAACGCGCUGCGCUUUGGUCUCCUUCACUCCUAGACGAUCGUGACAGAAUAACCCACCAAAGAAAGACCAAGCAGCGCGUCCAGGAGCAGAGGGUCUGGACAUGGGAGGAGGCGCCGGGUCAGGAGAGAACGUUGGUGGAUGUCCUCCUCGGCUGGGGACAUAUUACCCAGGAGGAGGCCGUCCGGUACCGGAGGGCGAUGAAGGGGGAGAACCUGGCAGGAGAGGAGCAGGGCCAUCGUCGGAAGGACGGGAGGCAACCCCAAAAAGUUUUUGGGGGGGGCACAUGGCUUGGGCGACUGAGCAGCAGGAGGCUGCCACAAGGCAGAUUCAGAAGGCUACCAGGUUAAGGGGGCUGACGGAGGCAGAGAAGGGACGGAUUCAGGAGGCUACCAGGUUAAGGGGGCGACUGGGAAAGGCAGGGAAGGAAGGUGUAGAGGCACGGCGAGAGGUACUGGGGUGUGUAACCAGUCCGGUCCGGCCCGUUCCUAAUCCCGAGGUACAGCCAGUCGUGUGUGUCCCCAGUACGGUACGGCCUGUUCUGGCCCCUCGCACUAAGUGUACGGUGCGCGUCGCCAGCCCAGCCCGGCCUGUUCCUGAGCCUCAUACGAAGCCUACGGUGCGCGUCGCCAGCCCAGCCCGGCCUGUUCCGGCCACUCGCACCAGGGAUACGGUGCGCUUCGCCAGCCCGGCCCGGCCUGUUCCGGCCACUCGCACCAGGGAUACGGUGCGCUUCGCCAGCCCGGCCCGGCCUGUUCCGGCCUCUCGCACCAGGGAUACGGUGCGCGUCGCCAGCCCAGCCCGGCCUGUUCCUGCUCUCCGCACUAGGCCUUAUGUGCGUCCCCAGGGCCAAGCAUGCCCUGUUGCUGCUUCCCGCACUAGCCCUGAGAUGCGUGUCCUCAGCCCGGUACCUCCAGUUCCGGCACCACGCAUCAGGCCUACGGUGCGUCCCCAGGGCCAAGCAUGCCCUGUUACUUCUCCCCGCACUAGCCCUGAGAUGCGUGUCCUCAGCCCGGUACCUCCAGUUCCGGCACCACGCAUCAGGCCUACGGUGCGCCUCAGACGGCCAGAGUCUGCCGUCUGCCCAACGGGGCCUGAACUGUCCGUCUGCCCAACGCCGUCUGAACUGCCCGUCUGCCCAACGGCGCCUGAACUGUCCGUCUGCCCAACGCCGUCUGAACUGCCCGUCUGCCCAACGGCGCCUGAACUGCCCGUCUGCCCAACGCCGUCUGAACGGUCCGUCUGCCCAACGCCGUCUGAACUGCCCGUCUGUACUGAGCCUGCAAAGCCGCCCGUCUGCCAUGAGCCUUCAGAGCCGUCCGCCAGACCGGAGCCGCUAGAGCUCUCCGCCAGACAGGAUCAGCCAGAGCCGUCCGCCAGACCGGAUCAGCCAGAGCCUUCCGCCAGACAGGAUCAGCCAGAGCCGUCCGCCAGACAGGAUCAGCCAGAGCCUUCGGCCAGACAGGAUCAGCCAGAGCCUUCCGCCAGACCGGAUCAGCCAGAGCCUUCCGCCAGACAGGAUCAGCCAGAGCCUUCGGCCAGACCGGAUCAGCCAGAUCCGUCGGCCAGCCAUGAGCAGCCAGAUCCGUCAGCCAGCCAUGAGCAGCCAGAUCCUUCAGCCAGCCAUGAGCCGUUCAGCCAGGAUCCGCCAGAGCCUUCCAGCCAGGAUCCGCCAGAGCCAGCCAGCCAGGAUCCGCCAUUGAGUCAGGUGCUGCCCCUUAUCCUGGUGCUGCCCCUUAGUCCGGUACUGCCCCUUAGUCCGGUGCUGCCCCUUAGUCCGGUGCUGCCCCUUAGUCCGGUGCUGCCCCUUAGUCCGGUGCUGCCCCUUAGUCCGGUGCUGCCUCUUAGUCCGGUGCUGCCCCUUAAACCGGUGGGGGUCAUUUGGAGGAACCUACGUAAGCGGGUAGUGACGAUGGUGGGGUGGUGGUCUAGGCCGGAGCCAGAACCGCCACCGAGGAGGUAUGCCCGCCCAGCCCUCCCCUGUUUGGGGGUUUUGAGGCGCGGUCGCAGUCCGCGCCUUUAGGGGGGGGUACUGUCACACCCUGGUUCUGGGACUCAUUAUGUUGAGCCAGGGUGUGUGCAGUCUAUGUGGUUUGGUUCUAUGUUGGGUGUCAAAGUGUUGUAAUUAUGUUGAUUAGUCAUAUGACUCCCAAUCGGAGGUAACGAGUGUCAGCUGUCGGCUCGUUAUCUCUGAUUGGGAGCCAUAUUUAUUCUGUAUGUGUUCUUGUGGGCAUUGUGGGUUAUUGUUCCGUGUUUCAGUCGUUGUACUGUGGACUUCACGAGUCGUCUUUUGUUUUGUAUUUUACGUGCUUUACUCUUAUUAAAGUCAUGUUCGUUCAACGCGCUGCGCUUUGGUCUCCUUCACUCCUAGACGAUCGUGACAAUGUUUCAGUGUCUCCUAACAAUAUGUUUCAGUGUCUCCUAACAAUAUGCUUCAGUGUCUCCUAACAAUAUGUUUCCGUGUCUCCUAACAAUAUGUUUCAGUGUCUCCUAACAAUAUGUUUCAGUGUCUCCUAACAAUAUGUUUCAGUGUCUCCUAACAAUAUGUUUCAGUGUCUCCUAACAAUAUGUUUCAGUGUCUCUCGGUGUCUGUCUCCUAACAAUGUGUUUCAGUGUCUCUCGGUGUCUGUCUCCUAACCAAGUCAAGCUACCCCAUGUGAAUAAAUCAUUGAGAAAGGAAGGCUUGUAAAUAAUGAAUAAAUAACUUUUAUUGUGAUGUGUUGUCGUCGGCCUAAAGUAGUGCACUACACAGGGGAUAGGGUGCCAUUCUCUGGUCUAAAGUAGUGCACUACAUAGGGGAUAGGGUGCCAUUCUCUGGUCUAAAGUAGUGCACUACAUAGGGAAUAGGGGGCCAUUCUCUGGUCUAAAGUAGUGCACUACAUAGGGGAUAGGGUGCCAUUCUCUGGUCUAAAGUAGUGCACUAUAUAGGGAAUAGGGUGCCAUUCUCUGGUCUAAAGUAGUGCACUACAUAGGGAAUAGGGGGCCAUUCUCUGGUCUAAAGUAGUGCACUACAUAGGGGAUAGGGUGCCAUUCUCUGGUCUAAAGUAGUGCACUACAUAGGGGAUAGGGUGCCAUUCUCUGGUCUAAAGUAGUGCACUAUAUAGGGAAUAGGGGGCCAUUCUCUGGUCUAAAGUAGUGCACUACAUAGGGGAUAGGGUGCCAUUCUCUGGUCUAAAGUAGUGCACUACAUAGGGAAUAGGGUGCCAUUCUCUGAUCUAAAGUAGUGCACUACACAGGGGAUAGGGUGCCAUUCUCUGGUCUAAAGUAGUGCACUAUAUAGGGAAUAGGGUGCCAUUCUCUGGUCUAAAGUAGUGCACUAUAUAGGGAAUAGGGUGCCAUUCUCUGGUCUAAAGUAGUGCACUAUAUAGGGAAUAGGGUGCCAUUCUCUGGUCUAAAGUAGUGCACUACAUAGGGGAUAGGGUGCCAUUCUCUGGUCUAAAGUAGUGCACUACAUAGGGGAUAGGUUGCCAUUCUCUGGUCUAAAGUAGUGCACUAUAUAGGGAAUAGGGUGCCAUUCUCUGGUCUAAAGUAGUGCACUAUAUAGGGAAUAGGGUGCCAUUCUCUGGUCUAAAGUAGUGCACUAUAUAGGGAAUAGGGUGCUAUUCUCUGGUCUAAAGUAGUGCAUUACAUAGGGGAUAGGGUGCCAUUCUCUGGUCUAAAGUAGUGCACUACAUAGGGGAUAGGGGGCCAUUUGGGACGCAGCCCAGAGUGGUUCUGGAUGGGUUUACCUCCGUUAGUGAGGAUUAUGUAAUUAGCUAUACUAAGGUCUCUGUGGUUUUUCCUUCACCAUAUGUAUUGCUCCACUUGUAAAUGGAUCCUUCUCCAUCGCUCUCCCAUCUUAAAGAUUGGCCUGUUUUGAUAGUGGACUGAAAUAGAAUUUAGCCGGGAGUCAGUGGGAAUCAGUAAUUCUGUGUGUUGGCAGGAUUGUGAUGUUAGUGAUGGUAAGGAUGGACCUGUGAGGAGCUGAAAUUGUGUGUGUGUAUGUGUUCCUACCUUAUCAGGACCAUAAUGUCCUGACAAGUCACCAGUGUGUGUGUGUGUACGUGUGUGCGUGUGUGCGUGUGUGUGUGUGUGUGUGUGUGUGUGUGUGUGUGUGUGUGUGUGUGUGUGUGUGUGUGUGUGUGUGUGUGUGAGAGAGAGGGAACCUGAAGGAAACAGUCAGUAGUAUAUCCCUACUCAUUUCCAUUUACAUUUACAUUUACGUCAUUUAGCAGACGCUCUUAUCCAGAGCGACUUACAAAUUGAUGCAUUCACCUUGUAGCCAGUGGGAUAACCACUUUACAAUUAUUAUUAUUAUUAUUAUAGAUUUUUUUGGGGGGGUGGGGUGGGGUAAGGGGGGGGUAGAAGGAUUACUUUAUCCUAUCCCAGGUAUUCCUUAAAGAGGUGGGGUUUCAAGUGUCUCCGGAAGGUGGUGAGUGACUCCGCUGUCCUGGCGUCGUGAGGGAGCUUGUUCCACCAUUGGGGUGCCAGAGCAGCGAACAGUUUUGACUGGGCUGAGCAGGAACUGUGCUUCAGCAGAGGUAGGGGAGCCAGCAGGCCAGAGGUGGAUGAACGCAAUGCCCUCGUUUGGGUGUAGGGACUGAUCAGAGCCUGAAGGUACGGAGGUGCCGUUCCCCUCACAGCUCCGUAGGCAAGCACCAUGGUCUUGUAGCAGAUGCGAGCUUCAACUGGAAGCGUCUCCCGAGUGGCGCAGUGGUCUAAGGCACUCCAUCACAGUGCUAGCUGUCCCACUAGAGAUCCUGGUUCGUAUCCAGGCUCUGUCGUAGCCGACCGCGACCGGGAGACCCAUGGGGCGUUCAGGGAUCAGCUGACCUGUCCCCUGAGUUAUGGGACCCACCUUGACAGACAAGUAGUUCUACUGAUGUCAUUUCAACCACCCGCUGGGUAAUGUCGUUUUGUAGUAAUUGUCCCCUGGCUAUAGGUGACCCAGAUCUCUCUCUGUAAUCCUAACCUGUACCAUCCCUGGCUAUAGGUGACCCAGAUCUCUCUCUGUAAUCCUAACCUGUCCCAUCCCUGGCUAUAGGUGACCCAGAUCUCUCUCUGUAAUACUAACCUGUACCAUCCCUGGCUAUAGGUGACCCAGACCUCUCUCUGUAAUCCUAACCUGUACCAUCCCUGGCUAUAGGUGACCCAGACCUCUCUCUGUAAUCCUAACCUGUACCAUCCCUGGCUAUAGGUGACCCAGACCUCUCUCUGUAAUCCUAACCUGUACCAUCCAUGGCUAUAGGUGACCCAGACCUCUCUCUGUAAUCCUAACCUGUCCCAUCCCUGGCUAUAGGUGACCCAGACCUCUCUCUGUAAUCCUAACCUGUACCAUCCCUGGCUAUAGGUGACCCAGACCUCUCUCUGUAAUCCUAACCUGUCCCAUCCCUGGCUGUAGGUGACCCAGACCUCUCUCUGUAAUCCUAACCUGUCCCAUCCCUGGCUAUAGGUGACCCAGAUCUCUCUCUGUAAUACUAACCUGUACCAUCCCUGGCUAUAGGUGACCCAGACCUCUCUCUGUGAUCCUAACCUGUCCCAUCCCUGGCUAUAGGUGACCCAGACAUCUCUCUGUAAUCCUAACCUGUCCCAUCCCUGGCUAUAGGUGACCCAGAUCUCUCUCUGUAAUCCUAACCUGUACCAUCCCUGGCUAUAGGUGACCCGCUAUAGGUGACCCAGAUCUCUCUCUGUAAUACUAACCUGUCCCAUCCCUGGCUAUAGGUGACCCAGACCUCUCUCUGUAAUCCUAACCUGUACCAUCCCUGGCUAUAGGUGACCCAGACCUCUCUCUGUAAUCCUAACCUGUCCCAUCCCUGGCUAUAGGUGACCCAGAUCUCUCUCUGUAAUCCUAACCUGUACCAUCCCUGGCUAUAGGUGACCCAGAUCUCUCUCUGUGAUCCUAACCUGUCCCAUCCCUGGCUAUAGGUGACCCAGACCUCUCUCUGUAAUACUAACCUGUCCCAUCCCUGGCUAUAGGUGACCCAGACCUCUCUCUGUAAUCCUAACCUGUCCCAUCCCUGGCUAUAGGUGACCCAGACCUCUCUCUGUAAUCCUAACCUGUCCCAUCCCUGGCUAUAGGUGACCCAGAUCUCUCUCUGUAAUCCUAACCUGUACCAUCCCUGGCUAUAGGUGACCCAGAUCUCUCUCUGUAAUCCUAACCUGUACCAUCCCUGGCUAUAGGUGACCCAGACCUCUCUCUGUAAUCCUAACCUGUCCCAUCCCUGGCUAUAGGUGACCCAGAUCUCUCUCUGUAAUCCUAACCUGUACCAUCCCUGGCUAUAGGUGACCCAGACCUCUCUCUGUAAUCCUAACCUGUCCCAUCCCUGGCUAUAGGUGACCCAGAUCUCUCUCUGUAAUCCUAACCUGUACCAUCCCUGGCUAUAGGUGACCCAGAUCUCUCUCUGUGAUCCUAACCUGUCCCAUCCCUGGCUAUAGGUGACCCAGACCUCUCUCUGUAAUCCUAACCUGUCCCAUCCCUGGCUAUAUGUGACCCAGACAUCUCUCUGUAAUCCUAACCUGUCCCAUCCCUGGCUAUAGGUGACCCAGAUCUCUCUCUGUAAUCCUAACCUGUACCAUCCCUGGCUAUAGGUGACCCAGACCUCUCUCUGUAAUACUAACCUGUCCCAUCCCUGGCUAUAGGUGACCCAGAUCUCUCUCUGUAAUACUAACCUGUCCCAUCCCUGGCUAUAGGUGACCCAGACCUCUCUCUGUAAUCCUAACCUGUACCAUCCCUGGCUAUAGGUGACCCAGACCUCUCUGUAAUCCUAACCUGUCCCAUCCCUGGCUAUAGGUGACCCAGAUCUCUCUCUGUAAUCCUAACCUGUACCAUCCCUGGCUAUAGGUGACCCAGACCUCUCUCUGUAAUCCUAACCUGUCCCAUCCCUGGCUAUAGGUGACCCAGAUCUCUCUCUGUAAUCCUAACCUGUACCAUCCCUGGCUAUAGGUGACCCAGACCUCUCUCUGUAAUCCUAACCUGUCCCAUCCCUGGCUAUAGGUGACCCAGAUCUCUCUCUGUAAUACUAACCUGUCCCAUCCCUGGCUAUAGGUGACCCAGAUCUCUCUCUGUAAUCCUAACCUGUACCAUCCCUGGCUAUAGGUGACCCAGACCUCUCUCUGUAAUCCUAACCUGUCCCAUCCCUGGCUAUAGGUGACCCAGAUCUCUCUCUGUAAUCCUAACCUGUACCAUCCCUGGCUAUAGGUGACCCAGACCUCUCUCUGUAAUCCUAACCUGUCCCAUCCCUGGCUAUAGGUGACCCAGAUCUCUCUCUGUAAUCCUAACCUGUACCAUCCCUGGCUAUAGGUGACCCAGACCUCUCUCUGUAAUCCUAACCUGUCCCAUCCCUGGCUAUAGGUGACCCAGAUCUCUCUCUGUAAUCCUAACCUGUACCAUCCCUGGCUAUAGGUGACCCAGAUCUCUCUCUGUGAUCCUAACCUGUACCAUCCCUGGCUAUAGGUGACCCAGACCUCUCUCUGUAAUCCUAACCUGUCCCAUCCCUGGCUAUAGGUGACCCAGAUCUCUCUCUGUAAUCCUAACCUGUACCAUCCCUGGCUAUAGGUGACCCAGACCUCUCUCUGUAAUCCUAACCUGUCCCAUCCCUGGCUAUAGGUGACCCAGAUCUCUCUCUGUAAUCCUAACCUGUACCAUCCCUGGCUAUAGGUGACCCAGACUUCUCUCUGUAAUCCUAACCUGUCCCAUCCCUGGCUAUAGGUGACCCAGAUCUCUCUCUGUAAUCCUAACCUGUACCAUCCCUGGCUAUAGGUGACCCAGAUCUCUCUCUGUGAUCCUAACCUGUCCCAUCCCUGGCUAUAGGUGACCCAGACCUCUCUCUGUAAUCCUAACCUGUACCAUCCCUGGCUAUAGGUGACCCAGAUCUCUCUCUGUAAUCCUAACCUGUACCAUCCCUGGCUAUAGGUGACCCAGACCUCUCUCUGUAAUCCUAACCUGUCCCAUCCCUGGCUAUAGGUGACCCAGAUCUCUCUCUGUAAUCCUAACCUGUACCAUCCCUGGCUAUAGGUGACCCAGACCUCUCUCUGUAAUCCUAACCUGUCCCAUCCCUGGCUAUAGGUGACCCAGAUCUCUCUCUGUAAUCCUAACCUGUACCAUCCCUGGCUAUAGGUGACCCAGAUCUCUCUCUGUGAUCCUAACCUGUCCCAUCCCUGGCUAUAGGUGACCCAGACCUCUCUCUGUAAUCCUAACCUGUACCAUCCCUGGCUAUAGGUGACCCAGACCUCUCUCUGUGAUCCUAACCUGUCCCAUCCCUGGCUAUAGGUGACCCAGAUCUCUCUCUGUAAUACUAACCUGUCCCAUCCCUGGCUAUAGGUGACCCAGAUCUCUCUCUGUAAUCCUAACCUGUCCCAUCCCUGGCUAUAGGUGACCCAGAUCUCUCUCUGUAAUCCUAACCUGUCCCAUCCCUGGCUAUAGGUGACCCAGAUCUCUCUCUGUAAUACUAACCUGUCCCAUCCCUGGCUAUAGGUGACCCAGAUCUCUCUCUGUAAUCCUAACCUGUCCCAUCCCUGGCUAUAGGUGACCCAGACCUCUCUCUGUAAUCCUAACCUGUCCCAUCCCUGGCUAUAGGUGACCCAGACCUCUCUCUGUAAUCCUAACCUGUCCCAUCCCUGGCUAUAGGUGACCCAGACCUCUCUCCGCUCCUACAUUGGUGUGGUUCCUCAGGACACGGUGCUCUUCAAUGACAGCAUAAGAAACAACAUCCGCUACGGACGCAUUGGCGCUAGCGACCAGGAGGUGGAGGAGGCUGCCCUCGCUGCGGACAUACACUACAAGAUCCUGUCACUGCCCGAGGGUGAGGAUGAAGAUGAUGAAGAAGAAGAUGAUGAUGAUAAUGAAUAUGAGGAGGAGGAUGAUUUGUGUUGUGUUGCUCUCCACAGGGUAUGAGACCCAGGUGGGAGAGAGGGGACUGAAGCUGAGUGGAGGAGAGAAACAGAGAGUAGCCAUCGCCCGUACCAUCCUGAAGGACCCUCGGAUCAUCCUGCUGGAUGAGGUCAGAGAUAGGGGGGAUCGGGAAGAGGGCAGGUGGGAGGAGGGCAGAGCAAGGGGGGAUCGGGAGAAGGGCAGGGGGGAAGAGGACAGGUGGGAUGGGAGGAAGGCAGGGGGGAAGAGGACAGGUGGGAUGGGAGAAGGGCAGGGGGGAAGAGGACAGGUGGGAUUGGGAGAAGGGCAGGGGGGAAGAGGACAGGUGGGAUGGGAGGAAGGCAGGGGGGAAGAGGACAGGUGGGAUGGGAGAAGGGCAGGGGGGAAGAGGACAGGUGGGAUUGGGAGAAGGGCAGGGGGAAGAGGACAGGUGGAUGGGAGAAGGGCAGGGGGGAAGAGGACAGGUGGGAUGGGAGGAAGGCAGGGGGGAAGAGGACAGGUGGGAUGGGAGGAAGGCAGGGGGGAAGAGGACAGGUGGGAUGGGAGGAAGGCAGGGGGGAAGAGGACAGGUGGGAUGGGAGGAAGGCAGGGGGGAAGAGGACAGGUGGGAUGGGAGGAAGGCAGGGGGGAAGAGGACAGGUGGGAUGGGAGGAAGGCAGGGGGGAAGAGGACAGGUGGGAUGGGAGGAAGGCAGGGGGGAAGAGGACAGGUGGGAUGGGAGGAAGGCAGGGGUGGAGAGGACAGGUGGGAUGGGAGGAAGGCAGGGGUGGGAGGACAGGUGGGAUGGGAGGAAGGCAGGGGUGGAGAGGACAGGUGGGAUGGGAGGAAGGCAGGGGGGAAGAGGACAGGUGGGAUGGGAGGAAGGCAGGGGGGAAGAGGACAGGUGGGAUGGGAGGAAGGCAGGGGGGAAGAGGACAGGUGGGGAUGGGAGGAAGGCAGGGGGGAAGAGGACAGGUGGGAUGGGAGGAAGGCAGGGGGGAAGAGGACAGGUGGGAUGGGAGGAAGGCAGGGGGGAAGAGGACAGGUGGGAUGGGAGGAAGGCAGGGGGGAAGAGGACAGGUGGGAUGGGAGGAAGGCAGGGGGGAAGAGGACAGGUGGGAUUGGGAGGAAGGCAGGGGGGAAGAGGACAGGUGGGAUGGGAGGAAGGCAGGGGUGGGAUGGGAGGAAGGCAGGGGUGGGAGGCACGUCAGGGACCAUGUGUGUAUAAAACCCUCCUAGACUCUGUCAAACAGGUCCUCAACCUAGCGUGACUUUAUUGCUUUGUUGCAUGUAGAAUGGGCCUUUGAGCUGGAUAUGAACAAGGUGUGUUCUGAAGUUUCUGUUCAAAUGCAGUCAAACCUUGCUGGUUGGGAAAAACAAUAGGAGUUACAGUCUGGAAGACUUCAUAUCAUAACUUUUUAUUUUAUUCUCAUGUUGGUCCCAUGUUAUUCUGCUCUAUGCUAUAGGAUACGUACUACCCCUCUGUCUAUAGGAUACGUACUACCCCCCUCUCUCUCUCUCUCUCUCUCUCUCCUCUCUCUCUCUCUCUCUCUCUCUCUCUCUCUCUCUCGCUCUCUCUCUCUCUCUCUCUCUCUCUCUCUCUCUCGCUCUGUCUCUCUCGUGCUCUCUCUCUCUCUCUCUACAGGCUACAUGCUAACCCUCUCUCUCUCUCGCUCUGUCUCUCUCGUGCUCUCUCUCUCUCUCUCUUUACAGGCUACAUGCUAACCCUCUCUCUCUCUCUCUCUGCAGGCUACAUGCUAACCCUCUCUCUCUCUCUCUCUCUGCAGGCUACGUCAGCCCUGGACACACAGACAGAACGCAACAUCCAGGCCUCACUCUCCAAAGUCUGUACCAACAGGACCACUAUAGUAGUAACACACAGGUAAUGCUUUCAGAAGAGCCAGUUAAUCAUCAGCUGCUCUGAAGUCAACAGGUUUAAUCCUUCCUCUCCCUCAAUGUGUCUCCCAGCCGUCUACGUGUUUACAGUGACCUAAUGUCACAUACUACAAUCAACCCCUAACACUGUGUUGAUAGGAUGUGUGUCUAGGCUUGGGACGACAACAAAGAGAGAAGGGAUCUCUGCUUCAUAUGCCUUUGUAUCUCAGCAUGCGUCCCAAAUGGCACCCUAUUGUAGAUAGUGCACUACUUUUGACCAGAGAGAUACAGGGCUCUGGUCAAAAGUAGUGCACUAUAAAGGGAAUAGGGUUCCAUUUGGGACGUAGUGUCAGUCUCAAGGGCAUGAAAACAUAAAGAGUGCCAGACAGACAGACAUCCUUUGGCCAGCUGCCUCAGCUCUAAAAUCCCCUGAUCUUGUCCUUCAGAUAACAACAUCUAUUGAUGAGGGAUUCAAAUGGGGCCAUCUGGGCAAGAUCGUGAUCAGACGAUCAUUAAAUCACAUUGAUCAGUGUCUGUGUCCUACAUCCUCAAAGUUACUGCUGUUGGUUAAGGAGUAUAUUGUCCUAUGGGCUCUGGCCAAAAGUAGUGCACUAUAUAGUGAAUAGGGUGCCAUUCUCUGGUCUAAAGUAGUGCACUAUAUAGGGAAUAGGGGGCCAUUUGGGACGCAGCCUGGGUGGAAACAAGGAUAUUCAUAUCUUUGACCGAAAUCUAGAUUCAAAAUUGAAGAAAAGUUUAUAGCACCACUAGCGUCUAAUACCGUUAAGUCUUCCACUAGCAUCUAUUUCCGUUAAGAUUAUAGCACCACUAGCAUCUAAUACCGUUAAGAUUAUAGCACCACUAGCAUCUAAUACCGUUGUCUUCGGCUAGCAUCUAAUACUGUUAAGUAUUCCACUAGCAUCUAAUACCGUUAAGAUUAUAGCACCACUAGCAUCUAAUAACGUUAAGAUGGUAGCGCCACUAGCAUCUAAUACCGUUAAGUCUUCCACUAGCUUCUAAUACCGUUAAGAUUAUAGCACCACUAGCAUCUAAUACCGUUAAGAUGAUAGCACCACUAGCAUCUAAUACUGUUAAGUCUUCCACUAGCAUCUAAUACCGUUAAGUCUUCCACUAGCAUCUAAUACCGUUAAGUCUUCCACUAGCAUCUAAUACCCAUUAAGUCUUCCAACGUAGUAGUGCAUUAAUAUUUGACACUAAUUCCUUCUGGUUCACCCAGAGUGUGUUCCUGAAUACCCCUGGUCUGGUCUGCUAGCUAGCUGCUCCGCUCUGACAGGAAACGGUCUGCUAGCUAUCUGCUCUGACAGGAAACGGUCUGCAAGCUAGCUGCUCCGCUCUGACAGGAAACGAUCUGCUAGUUAGCUGCUCCACUCUGACAGGAAAUGGUCUGCAAGCUAGCUGCUCCGCUCUGACAGGAAACGGUCUGCUAGCUAGCUACUCCGCUCUGACAGGAAACAGUCUACUAGCUAGCUAUUUGCUCUGACAGGAAACGGUCUGCUAGCUAUCUGCUCUGCUCUGACAGGAAAUGGUCUGUUAGCUAGCUGCUCCGUUCCGAAGGUAAAGGUCUGCUAGCUACCCUUACGAAAAAAUAUUGCAGUCAGUGUGCAGUAUAACUACAGUAUGCUGCAAAUACUGCGUCCAAAAUAACACAGUUUUUUUACUGCAGUAAUUUUGCAGUAUAACUGCAGUUCAACUGCAGUACACAUCAGUUAUUCUGCAAUUACUGCGUCCAAAAUACCACAGUCGACUGCAGUUACUGAACUUUUACUGCAGUUUCAAAACUGUCAUCUUUUUUUGUAAGGGUAGCUGCUCUGACAGGAAACGGUCUGCUAGCUAGCUGCUCUGACGGACAUGGUCUACUAGCUAGCUGCUCUGACAGGAAACAAUCUGCUAGCUAGGUGCUUUGACAGGAAACAGUCUGCUAGCUAGCUGCUCUGACAGGAAACUGUCUGCUAGGUGGGGUGCUCCAACAGGAAAUGGUCUGCUAGCUAGCUGCUCCACUCCAAUAGGAAACGAUCUGC